AUGCCAUCAAGAGGAUGCUCAAUGAAGAAACUUAUUGAAUCCAGAUGGUGGGAGAGGCCUCAUUGGCUGGCAUUGUCGGAAGAAGAAUGGCCUCAUUCUGCGCCAAUCGAUGACAAAGUGGAGGCUAACAAAGAAAAACGUAGAGAAGUAAUGACGUCAUUAAACCAUGAUGAUUUUUCUUCACGAGUCUUCAACUACUUUUCAAAAUACACGAAAAUACUAAGAAUGAUGGGUUGGAUACACAGAUUUAUAGGAAAUUGCCAGAAGACAAAAGUAGAAAGAGAAGACGGCGAGUUAAAGGUCAAUGAGCUGAAAAGGGCAGAGAAAUCUAUCGUAAAGAUUAUUCAACAUGAUUCAUUUUCUUCAGAAGACAUAAAGAAGCUGAAGUCACUUAGUGUGUUCAAAGAUGAGGAAGACAUUUUACGUGUUAAGACCAGAUUAAUUGAAAGAAAGGACCAUCACAAUUUUAUUUUCCCCAUGUUGCUUCCGAAGAAGCAUGCAGUUGUGGAGAAGUUGAUACUUCAUAAACAUCUAUCUUUGUCUCAUGCCGGGAUACAUAUAUUAAUCUCCAAACUUCGAGAAAACUUUUGGAUUAUCAAAAGCAGAUCAACUAUCCGAGGAGCUUUAUCUCGAUGUGUUAGAUGCAGAAGGCAUGAAGCUAAAGGACUGCAGACAGUGCCAGCUACUCUGCCCGAAAAUAGAAUUAGAGAUGCUAAGAUUUUCGAAAUUGUGGGAGUAGAUUUAGCCGGCCCACUAGUUUUGAAGAACAAGAGUAAAACCUGUAUCAUACUUUUCACCUGUGCUGUUUUCAGAGCAGUUCAUUUGGAACUGAUUUUGACCCUCUCUACUCGGGGAUUUUUACUUGGAUUUAGAAGAUUUAUUGCGCGUAGAGGGCGGCCAUCGAUAAUUUAUAGCGACAAUGGUAGUAAUUUUGUCGGAUACAACAAUCUCUUUGAGUCAAUUGAUUGA